AUGCUUAACUGCAAGCCCGCUCCCACGCCUGUCGACACCAAGGCCAAGGUGUCCGCUUUGGAGGGUUCGCCUGCAUCUGAUGCAGCCUUCUACCGCUCCAUUUUGGGAGCCCUGCAGUACCUGACCCUGACGCGACCCGACUUGCAGUGUGCCGUUCAGCAGGUCUGUCUUCACAUGCAUGCUCCGCGCGACUCUCACUGGACUCUGGUGAAGCGUAUCCUCCGAUACAUACGCGGCACCCAGUCCUUGGGACUUACGCUGACAGCCUCCGCCUCCACCGACCUCGUCGCCUACUCUGAUGCGGACUGGGCUGGCUGCCCGGACACACGGCGCUCCACCUUGGGGUACUGUGUCUACCUUGGGCCGUCCCUGAUCUCUUGGUCUUCCAAGCGACAGCCCACCGUCUCCCGGUCGAGUGCCGAGGCUGAGUAUCGAGCAGUGGCUAACGCCGUUGCUGAAUGCUCUUGGCUCCGUCAGCUGCUCUAG